GUGUUAUAAUAUUUAAAAAAAAGAAAACUUUGAAUUUACCGCUAAUAUUACUCACUAAAAAUGUUGUUCAACCUUGACUAAUGUUAUUGGAAAACAGAUGAAAGUCAUCUAAUCUAUAAGUUAUAUUUAUCAGUACAGUAAUUCACAAGUUUUUAUUCAAAUCUGUGUAAGCAUUCAUCACUGCAAUUUGCAAAUCAGCACAUAAAAAUGAAGAAAAGACAACAUUCUCUAGAUGAAAAGAAAAACUGGGAACUUUACUUGGGACUGUUAAGGAAUUCCUUAAAACAUACUGACGAAAGCUGUGAUGGGAUUAGGUUUGACUCAGCACAUCCACAUAUUUUUAUUAUUUUAGGAGCUUCCGGCGAUUUAGCUAGAAAAAAGAUUUACCCCACUUUGUGGUGGUUAUACAGAGAUCAACUGUUACCUCCUAAAACUAUAUUUUAUGGAUAUGCUCGAAGUAAGACAUCAGUUGAUGAAAUUAAAAAAAAAACACUACCCUACAUGAAUGUAAAAUCUGAUGAACAAGAAAAGUUCGAUGAAUUCUGGAAGAUGAAUUACUAUAUAUCAGGAAAAUAUGACUCAAGAACAGAUUUUGAGAAGCUUAAUCAAGAAAUAAGUCGGUUUGAGACAUCUACAAUAGCUAACAGAUUAUUUUAUUUGGCUCUGCCUCCAUCGGUUUAUGAAGAAGUAACAAUACAUAUAAGAAAUACUUGCAUGUCCUUAAAGGGAUGGACAAGAAUAAUUGUAGAAAAACCAUUUGGAAAAGAUUUUGAUUCAUCCCAGAAACUUUCUGAUCAUCUAGCUUCACUAUUUCCUGAACAACAAAUUUACCGUAUUGACCAUUAUUUGGGAAAAGAAAUGGUUCAAAACUUGAUGACUUUAAGAUUUGCUAAUAGAAUUUUCAAUCCAACAUGGAACAGAGACAACAUUGCAAGCGUACAGAUUUCCUUUAAGGAACCAUUUGGUACUCAAGGUCGUGGUGGCUAUUUCGAUGAAUAUGGUAUUAUUAGAGAUAUUAUGCAGAAUCAUCUUUUGCAAAUUUUGACACUAGUAGCAAUGGAAAAGCCUACUUCCCUCCACCCAGAUGAUAUAAGAAAUGAGAAGGUAAAAGUCUUGAGGUCAAUUAAACCUCUGGAGCCUGACCAUGUUGUGCUUGGUCAGUAUGUAGGAAAUCCUAAAGGAGAGGGAGAUGAAAAGUUAGGAUACUUAGAUGAUGAAACUGUUCCUAAAAACUCAACCACACCAACUUAUGCUUUGGGAGUACUUCACAUUAAUAAUGAAAGAUGGGAUGGAGUUCCUUUCAUAUUAAAAUGUGGAAAAGCCCUUAAUGAAAGGAAAGCAGAAGUGAGGAUUCAAUAUAAAGAUGUAGCUGGGGAUAUUUUUGAAGGAAGGACACAACGAAAUGAAUUGGUUAUAAGAGUACAGCCUGGUGAAGCCUUGUAUAUUAAAUUUAUGGUAAAAACCCCAGGAAUGAGUUUUGAUAUGGAAGAAACUGAGUUGGAUUUGACCUAUGGAAGUAGAUAUAAUAAUAUUAAACUUCCUGAUGCUUAUGAAAAGCUUAUUGUCGACGUUUUUUGCGGCUCCCAGAUGCAUUUUGUUCGUUCAGAUGAACUUAGUGAAGCCUGGAGAAUAUUCACACCCUUGUUACAUUUCAUUGAAAAGGAAAAAAUUCAACCUGUUAAGUACAUGUAUGGAUCUAGAGGGCCAAAGGAAGCUGAUGAAAUGCUACUCAAGAAUAAUUACAUUUAUACUGGAACAUAUCAUUGGAAAAGCAAUGAUUCUUCAAAGUUAUGAGUUUAAAGAAAAUUGAAAUAAAAAGGCAAUCGGUGCUCACAGACACAAAUGAUAUUUGGUUAAAAUGAUAUUUGCUGGUUUAGGGUCCAAUACUCAAAUGGGUGUUGUUUUACACUUAUUUAUUUUGUUGUUAAAAUUUGCUUUUUAAUGCACAAUAAAGGACUUUCAAUAA